CUAGAUACUUCUUUGUUUCGAGUUGUGUUCUGAGAAGUGAAGUUGAAGCAACUGAAAUUUAUGGGAGCAAAAUGCCACGCAUUUACUUUCCACACAGUAUCAUGAUUCAUCUGGCUACUCUUAAUUUCUGUACGAGCUGUGAAAUGGCUGCCAUUAAGGUUCCACAAAGUCCGCCAUCUUCAGCACUCCCGGCAUGAACUGGACGUCUUGGAGAUGAACCUGAAAUUCCUUAUGGGAGCAGAACUGAGAGUAGUAGCAGUGAAAGCCUUGAUGGUAAUUUUUGGUGCCUUGAUGAUGAUUUUUGGUAUGGAGGAAGCAGCCCUAGCUUAAGGAGCACGACACCUGAUGAGAUAUUUACCUCACAGAGUCAUGCAAAGAAAAGUCUUGCCCGUAUGGAGAACUACUUUCAAAGUGGGCAAUUGACCGAUGUAACAUUGGUUGCAGAAAGUUCACGUAUACCAGCUCAUAGAAUUGUUCUGAGUGCAGCAUCAGAAUACUUUGCAGCAAUGUUUACAAGCAAACUGCGAGAGUCCACUGAACAUGAAAUAGAAAUGCACGACAUGGAUGGAAACUUGUUACAGGCCAUAGUGCAAUAUUGUUACACUGGUAAAGUAGAGAUCAGAGAAGAGACUGUUGAAAAGCUUCUCAGUGCAGCUCGGUUACUGCAAAUGCCAGAGAUUGUUGACGCUUGCUGCGGCUUUCUGAAAAAGCAGCUUGACCCCUCCAACUGCAUUGGAAUCCGCCUGUUUGCCGAUGCCCAGGGCUGUGAUGACUUAAUGAAAGCAGCUCACGACUACACAACUGAACACUUCAUGGAAGUUGUAAACAGAGAGGAAUUCACAAAGUUGUCUGCCGAUGAAGUGGAAAAAUUACUUAAGUCAGACGACUUAAAUGUACCAUGUGAAGAAAACGUUUUCAAUGCACUCAUGACCUGGAUUGCACAUGAUGAAGAAACGAGGAAGAAAGAUGUUAGCAGACUACUAGGACUUAUUAAACUCCCUUUACUGUCGCCUGCUUUCAUAGUUGAUUGUAUUGAAGGGAACAUAAUAUUUAAGGAAGACAGUGUCUGUAGAGAGUUGGUGAUGGAAGCUUUGAAGUACCAUCUUUUACCAGAACGACGACCCCGUCUGCAGUCAGUAAGAACUCGCCCAAGGAAAUCUACCGUGGGAUCCUUAUAUGCUGUUGGAGGGCUGGAUGGAACCCUUGGGUUGACAUGUGUAGAAAAAUACGACUUGCGCUCAAACAAAUGGUCAAAUGUAGGUCACAUGAACUGCCGACGACUACAGUUUGGUGUGGCGGUGAUUGAUGGAAGGCUGUAUGUUGUUGGGGGUCGCGAUGGAUUAAAAACCUUAAACACAGCAGAAUGUUUCGACUUUAGAGCAAGGACAUGGGAUGUGCUUCCUCCUAUGGCCACACAUCGUCAUGGUUUAGGUGUUGCUGUUCUAGAAGGACCACUGUAUGCUGUAGGUGGUCACGAUGGCUGGAGCUACCUUAAUACAGUGGAAAGAUGGGAUCCACAAGCUCGGCAGUGGAGUUUUGUAGCCUCGAUGUCCACUCAGCGGUCCACUGUUGGGGUAGCAGUAUUAAAUUCUAAGUAUGUUUUACUUUUAAAAUGAAAAUGCUUCAUACGA